AAACCCAAAAUAUUUAUUAGAUAUUUGACGACAAGGCAGUCGACCCAGCCACCGCUCUCUCCAAUCGUUUAUUGGGGAUGUCGUUUCUAUUUCAUUUUUUAAGUUCGAACGGUUCGUAUCGGAAAUAUGUAUUCCUCGCUAACGUUUAGCGCAAAUUCGACGUUUAAUUAUCUGAUAAGUGUAUUUUUUGAGCAUGGAGAUCAACGUACGAAAAAUUGGCUGCUGUCGAAUACACCCUGGCCCCUAUUUGGAAUAUUAGCCUUCUACUUGUUUUUCUGUUUAUAUGCGGGUCCUCGGUAUAUGCGUGAUCGAAAACCUUACGAAUUGAAAAAUACUAUGAUUAUCUAUAAUGCCAUACAAGUGAUAAUCAGUUGCGUUCUCUUCUAUGAGUUCUAUCAAGCUGGCUGGGGAACUACUUACAAUUACAAAUGUGCUCCACUUACCUACGAUACCGACCCACACUCAUUGAGGAUGGCCAGAGCUGUUUGGCUAUUCUACAUGGCGAAGAUUACGGAACUAUUAGACACAGUAUUCUUUGUUUUAAGAAAAAAGGAUAGACAAAUAUCCUUUUUACAUGUCUUCCAUCACUUCAGCAUGCCGCUUGGACUUUAUUUUGCUGUACAAAAUUAUGCAGGCGGACACGGUACCAUUGUUUGUUUUAUCAACUCCUUCGUUCACAUAGUCAUGUACAUCUAUUACAUGUUGACAGCCAUGGGUCCGAAGGUACAAAAAUAUCUUUGGUGGAAGAAAUACAUAACUGUUUUGCAGCUGAUACAAUUCUCCAUUGUUUUCGUGCAUUCCAUACAAGUUCAAAUCCGUCGAAACUGUCUAUAUCCAAGAGGAGUUGCAGCCAUUAUAACCCUGUAUUCCUGUAUUUUCUCCUAUAUGUUUGGCUCAUUUUACGUUCAGAAUUAUCUGCAAAAGAAGGAACGGCGAUCAUCGCUGAAAAAGGAUUAGAAAUAUUAGCGACACAACUUGAAAAUCU